AUGGAGUUUGAAGGACUAAACACAAUUUCGAAUGCCACCAUCCGUACAAGUACAUUGAUUCGAACAAAUGAACUUUAUGAUGAAUUUCAAAAAUGCUAUGCCACACUAACGAUUUUAACUCAAGGCGUUCAAACACUAUCGAAUGAUAGCACUAGAUUAAAUGAGGAAUUAUCACAUGCGAGUCGUUUAAUACAGAUGAUACAGAAUGAUUUAAGUCAUCUUAAACGUUCGAUCGAGGAAAAAGGCACAUAUUUAUCUGAUAUAACAUCAAAUCAAAAGACGUUAGGGCAACAAAUCAUAAGCAUAAAACAAAUAGUAGAUGAACGUGAAUUUGUUUCGCAUGAUGGUACUUUGAUCUGGAAAAUAAUCAAUGUUAAAGAGAAAAUGGCUGAUGCACAAUCUGAAAGACAAACAUCAAUUUAUUCGCCUCCCUUCUACUCUUCACCAGCCGGUUAUAAAAUGAGAAUGAGACUCUAUUUACAUGGUGAUGGGAAUGCUAGUCGAACACACAUGUCAUUAUUUUUUGUUCUUAUGCGUGGUGAUUUUGAUUCAAUACUUAAAUGGCCGUUUAAUUACAAAGUGACAUUCUGCUUAUUCGAUCAAUCAGGUCAAAAUCAACAUAUUAUCGAUUCUUUCAUACCAGACACAAAGUCAAAUAGUUUCCAGCGACCACAUUCAGAAAUGAACAUCGCUAGCGAAAUUUCAAAGGUUUUUCCACUAUCAAUAAUUCAACAAGACGAUAGCCGCUACGUUCGAGAUGAUACUAUGUUUAUCAAAGUGAUUGUCAAUUUUGCAGAUCUACCGGAAAUGAUCUUGCCAUAUGCACUUACGUUUAAUGCUGGUCUACCGAGUCACGUACAACAACAUUUAAUUAAACAAGAGAUUGAAAAACGAGAGCAAACUUCUUCAAUGAUGAUAGUUGUUCCACCGGCAACAACAACUUCGUGUGGUUGA